AUGGGUCAACAACACGUUUCGAAAUAUUCCAUCUCUCAUGAAUAUGUGCAUAUUCCUGAUGAUAUUAUUUAUCAUAUAUUAACUUUUGUUCCUUCUCAAUAUAUUUUUACCAAUCAAAUCAUGAGCGUUUCACGACAAUGGAAGCGAGUGUGUUUUAGAUUGAAUAUUUCAGUAGAUUUGAAACUUAAGCCUGCCAAUCAUGCGAAAUUCAAAUUAAUGGCUAAAUGUCGAUAUUUAAACAAUUUAACAGAUUUAAAUUUACGAAGUACGGAUUUGCAUCAUUUUGGUCUUUCCAUUCUACUCAAUUCCAAUCGGGUGAAGAAUUUGAAAAUUUUGAAUUUAGCAGGAAAUUAUAAUUUAGGUCAUGAAGGCAUUCAGCUCCUUUGUGAAUGUCCAAAUAUUGGAAAUUUAUCCUCGCUUUCACUUGAAGGAUGUUACUUGGAACCAAAAUCGUUGAAAUUACUCUCUUCGUCCUUGAUGUUACCGUAUUUGUGUGAAUUGAAUUUGAGCGGAAACUUGAUUAGCUUAGAAAGUGCAAAGAUACUGUUUAAUAGCCCAUAUUUGUCAAAGCAACUAAAACGAUGGAUUUUGAAAUCGUGUACAUUCUCUGAUGAGCAUUUUGAAGUAUUUUUGAGUAGCAACGUGUUGAAGAAUUAUAACAAUUUAACAUUGUUAGAUUUUUCAAUUAAUUAUCUGACGGAUAACACAGCUUCAAAUUUGCUAAAAGAAAGCAACAAGUUUUGGAAUUUGCAAGAGUUUAAUUUGGCUCGUAAUAUGUUCACGUCUGUGGGCGAAAACCUUAUUAGGAAUUGUGAAACAUUGAAUAAGGUGGUUGUUUUGAAGGAAAAGCAAUCGAAUAACUACUCCAAACUACGUUCAUUUUUUAUUGACCAGUAA